AUGCUGUCAAGAACUUCGGCAGCGCGGGCAAGUUGGCCAUGCUCCCACAGACUUUUACGACCGAUCGCGAAUCGACCGCCGCAAACCGGCUCGCAACAGCUCCGCGGAGCUGCCAGCUUCCUACCAACUCGACAACGCAGCAGCGCCAUCACGCCGAAGGGUUUAUCGCCUAAUUAUGUAGUGCGAGUCUCGCUCCCAGGAUCGAAUCAUGGAGCUCGGACCCUUGGGGCACGACAUGCAUCUACGACACCACCUGCGGAGGCAGAGGCUAAUACCAAACGGAAAGAUGCCAUCUACGCCUUGAUCGACGAGAUCAACGAUAAUGAAAUGAAAUUGGCCGUGCUGAUGGAUGACUUGAAUCUCUUGGACAACUAUUUUGAGGCCCUCAACUUCGACGGACCCGAGCUGGAUGAUGUAUUUAGUCAAACAAUCGGUCAUCGGGACGCUCAAACGUUGGAAGCGCGCGUGCGCUCGGCGAGACAAGAAUUCGGAGACACCCUCCCGGAGGAUUACCUAAACCAAACGGAGAUCGAAUUAUAUACCCAAUUGUACGGCGAGCCUAUCAUCGUACAAGAACAAAUGGAGCUUGAAGUUGAGGACGAGGAGGACCUGAACACACUAUACCGUGAAGAUGGCGAGGGAGGUUGGCAAGAGGUGGAUGUCGAAGAAGCUGUGUCUGAAGAAGAAGAGGUUCCGGUGGUCUACGACAUGGAGAUGGGUCCCGUAGAGGACGAGACCGCUUCUAUGCAGCGAACACGAGAAAUCGCCGAACAACUCGGCGGAGACGUCAUGCUCGAACAAUUUGGGGAGGAUACAAUCCAUGAUGAUGCGCCACGGCUUCAUCCCCGAACGGUCGAGGGAAAGUUCGCCACCGAUCCCAGUACCGUAUAUCUGCCUAAGGAUACUGUGACCGGCCCCAUAUCUGUGAUCCUGUCGGAUUUCUCGAACAAACACAUUUCGGAGGCUGCUCGUCGCAUAUUCGGCGGCGCAAGGCUUCCUCAUUCCACUUAUACUCCACUCCCGCGUGCUCAAACGCCUCAGACCCCGAUACCGUUGUCGGCGUCGCAACGGCACAUGACCGAAAUGGAAGCUAAUGCGUACAUCGCUGCUCUAUAUCCGGGACUGUACGCCUCUGCAUUGAGCGUUUUGACGGAAGUUCGAAAGCGCUUAGGUCCCGAAUGGAUCCGUGGACUGAUGUCGCAGGAGGAGGGUCCGCACAUUCUCGAUGCUAGCGCAGGAGGCGCUGGUGUUCUCGCAUGGAGAGAAGUUCUUCGUGCAGAAUGGGAGCUUAUGGUGCCAGACCAACCGGAAGGCAGCCCAUACCCGGUGGGUAAAUCCACGGUAGUUGCGGGAUCCGAAAGUCUCCAGCUUCGCGCCAGUGCGAUGCUUGAGAAUACUUCGUUCCUCCCCCGGCUUCCGGAUUAUGUUCAUGUUCGCGAGAAACCGACCCUUGAUGACUCAAGAGCUCCCCCGAGGCGCAAACAAUACGACGUCAUUAUUGCUCCGCAUUCUUUGUUGGGCAUUGAGGAGGAAUACAUGCGCAAGGAGCAUGUCGAGAAUUUGUGGAACCUUCUGAACCCGAACGGCGGUGUCCUGAUUCUGCUUGAAAAGGGGCAUCAGAGGGGAUUUGAGGCAGUUGCUGGAGCUCGUGAAAUGCUGCUCAAGCGCCAUAUCUCAAGCCCCGGCUCUACGCAGUACGAGAACCUGACUGAAUCGGCGAGCGAAGACACACACACUCAGAAAGAAACCGGCAUGAUCGUGGCUCCUUGCACCAACCAUGGCAAAUGCCCCAUGUAUCAUAUGGAUGGACAUUCGAAGGGCCGCAGGGAUUACUGUCAUUUCGAGCAAAGAUACAUCAGGCCCCAGUUUCUGCAACGCAUUGUAGGGGCUAAGGAUCGGAACCACGAGGACGUCAGGUUUAGUUAUGUCGCUGUGCGGCGUGGCAUUGAUCUCCGUCAGACAGAAGGGAUCGUCCAGGGCCCCGAAGCCGCUGAGGCCGCCUUUGCAGGUUAUGAGCACAAUGAUGAUGUCUUCGCUGAAGAGGCGGAGGUGGGAGAAGCGCCACCAGCGAGCCAGGAUGGUGCUUCCGGCAGCGGCGAAAACUUCCACACCUUAUCGCUCCCUCGAAUUGUCUAUCCCCCUAUCAAGCGUCGCGGACACAUCAUCUUUGACUCGUGCACGCCCGCGGGGAACAUCGAACGCUGGACCGUUCCUCGUUCUUUCAGCCGCAGGGCGUACAAGGAUGCCCGCAAAUCACGCUGGGGAGAUCUAUGGGCCCUUGGUGCAAAGACUCGCGUUCACCGGAAUCUGACACUUGGAGAUAAACAUGGGGAGGGCAAGAAAGAACGACUGCAGAGGCGCGCAGCCGCCAAAGAGGAGCUCAGUGAUGCCGAGAAAGACGAGCUUGAGCACCAAGAAGAGAUGCGCUCAUCGAGCUGGCCGGAACUGGCCGUCCCGCCAAGGAAGAAGGGUCAAAAUAUCCCUAGCUGGAAGAAAGCUGCAGAUAAGAAGAAAUUGCGACAGGCGACGAAGCAAUAUACCGCUUCUAAGCUUACUGGUGAAGAAUAG